AUGGCUUCGAGAACAUUUGUCAGAUUGCUUGACGAGCAUGCGUCUGCUGAUCGAGUAUUUAGGAUGGAGGAAGAGGCGACCAAGAUCACAAUCGAUGUUAUCGGCAAGGUGAUUUGUGGCUACGACUUCAAGUGUCUUACCUCUGGUGGCCAAUUCAUGGAGUGGAUGAGAGGUGCACUUUUCUGGGCAUUCGACCAUCAGUCGCUCAAUCCAUUCCAUCGAUACAGUCUGCUACGGCCACUUGUCACGAGAUACUACCGUAUGAAGAUGAUAACAUACGUUGGCAAGAUCCUGGACGAGAGAUUCGCUGCUGGCAAGUCUGAAGCCUCAAAGGCGCUGAAGAAAAAGACUGGUAUUGAUCUGGCUCUUGAGUUGUACGCGAAAGACUACAACAGACAGAUGGGUGCCAGCGCAACGACUAUGAAUGCAGAAUUUCGAAAAGCUGCCAUUGACAAUCUUCUGGUCCUUCUGUUCGCCGGGCACGACACAACAUCUUCGACACUGUGUUACUGCUACAAGUUACUUAGCGAACACCCGCAUACACUCACAGCAGCCCGGCAAGAACUAGAUGAAGUCUUCGGAGUUGACGUCAGUGCGGCACAACAGCUCCGAGAGAACCCUUUCCUGAUCAACAAACUUGACUACUCGCUCGCCGUCAUCAAAGAAGUACUGCGCCUCUGGUCUCCAGCAUCGACAGCCAAACUAGGACGCAAUGACUUCUUCAUCCGUGAUCCUAUAAGCGGCGAACUGCUUCCCACGGACGGCAUCAACAUAUGGACUCCAUCAUUCGCAAUGGGUCGCUCCAAGAAGAUAUGGGGUGAAGACGUCGAUGAGUUCAAGCCUGAACGUUUCCUGCCGGAGAACGUUGCAAAAGUACCUGCCGAUGCAUGGCGUCCAUUUGAGAAGGGUCCUCGCAAUUGCAUAGGCCAAGAACUUACCAUGAUAGAGAUCAAGACGGUGCUCGCGUUGACGUUGCGAGAAUUCGACGUGCAAGGCGCCUUUGACGAAUUAGCAUCGCUGAGCAACGAUGGAACGCAUUGGACGAAGGACAAAAGUUUUCAAAAAGGGCCUCAGGAGGUGUUCGGUGAUCCUAUAAAAACGACCGCUCAGAAUGCUAGUAUAGAAUUAGGAUGGCAUGCACCGAGAAAGAGUUGGAUCAAUGAUCUUGGACAGGUUCUGAACGGCACGGGAACGAAUGGCUUUGCGUUCAAUGGCUCACAAUUGCCCGCUGGAACACCAUAUGGCACAUACAACUGGUGUAACAUGCCACAUGUGAGGGCUCAAGAGUAUCCAAAGGCUAGCGAUGAGUACGAGUUGCAAUAUGUUGAAGUCUCAACAUACUGGAGCGUCUACACCAACGAGAUUAACCCGUUCGCACAGACAGGCUUUAACGGCUCUUGUCAGUUUCCACAGAUCACAAGACAAGGAUUAGACGACUCAUGGCAGCAUGGCAAGGAUCUCUAUGGCGUCUACCACGACCUGCUUGGCUUUCUGCCAAACGACCUCAGCGACAAAGUUACCUACAGAGUGACUAACAACCAGAUCACAUCUCAAGUCGCUGGAAUCCUGAUCAAUGGCAUGUACGCACCAGAAGACGACGUAUCACUCCGCAUCCAACCCACAGGCGUCGACUCCCUCGAACCCCAAUACUCCUGCCCUGCAGCGUCCACUCGCUACAGUUCCUACGGCGUCGGCAGUAAAGCAUCAAACUGGACUGCGCACUUGACCGCCGCAAAACCUCUGUUUAACUCUCUUGACUCCAUCUCCGGUAUUGCCAGCGACUCAACAGACUGGCACAAGUCCUUCGACCACUACUACGACAACCUCUCGGCACGACAAUGCCACGCCAAACCCUUACCCUGCAACAUCAACGACACGAGCUCUUGCGUCACUCAAGAACAAGCCAAUACUGUCUACCGCCUCGGGCAGUACGAGUACUCCUUCAUCUACCGCGACUCGCCUCAAUCACUGCAAGCCGCCGUCGGCUCGUACGGCGUUUGGCUCGCCGAGCUUGCGCAGAACAUCCGCGACACAGUGGCUGGCAAGAGUGAGGUUAUUUACCGCCACAAUGUUGCGCAUGAUGGGUCGGUUUCAAGGCUGCUUAGCAUUCUGCAGGUCGAACAGAUGGUGUGGGUUGGCAUGGGUGCUGAGGUUGUGUUUGAGGUGUACACCAGCAAGAAAGAUGGUGGUAAGAAGUACCUGCGUGUCUUGUGGGGUGGGCAGGUGCUGAAGAGUUCGAGCCCGACGCUGGGGAAGAUUGACAUGCUGGAUUUGGAUGUGUUUCUGGCGUAUGUGGAUGGGUUGGUGGGCGAGAGGGCGCAGAAGGUCGUUGAGUUCUGCGCAUCCUGA